AUGUUGCCACGUUCUCUCCCGGGGGGGGGCUGUCCUACGCGGCUGAGAGGAGCUUCGUGUCGUGCGACCCUCUGCACGUGCGCGUCGUUUAUAUUUGGGUUUUUUUUUUUCACGAGCGCACACCAAAACGCCCUUCUCUUUCAAUCGUGCCCAAUAAAAAAAAAAAAAAACACUGCAGGCGCAGUUUAUACGGACACUGUCUUUUUGCUGUACAUCUUCCCCCCCCCCCCCUCCCUCCCCCUCCCGCUACCUUCCACUAUCCCCUUCCAACAACCGUUUACGAUGCAUCCACCGCGAGAAGUGGAUGGCGAUCAACCCCAGCGGAGGUAUGGCAAGAAGAGCGACGAGGACGAUCAGCGCGGAAAGAAAGGCGGUGGUAACAACAUGGGCACUGCUAUUGCCUUGGCCUUCGGUGCCGGCGCCUUAGUCUUUGCGGGCGCUAGCGCGCUCUACUCGUGGUGCACUCAAGACAACACUCAACAGGAAAAGAGCUACUACUGCCUCCACCCACGCGACGAGAACAUUGCAGACGACACAGGAGUAGCCGCGACGUCCCGGACUUCUUUCCCCGUCGCUUCUUCUGCCGCUGACGGGGAGGAAAAAAUGCCGGCAGAGGCGACGCCGCACAGUGGAGAUGUACGCUCUGAUGAAUGCGAUGUGUCGGUCUCCGGUGGGGCAGAUGGCGGUCACGCCUGCGUCUGCUGCCUCGAGCGCCACCAGUCCUUCAUGUUUGUGCAGUGCCGUCACAUAUGUCUUUGUGAGCCUUGUCUCAUCAAACUCGGCCGGGCCUACGAGGACCACACCCUGCGCGAUCGCUUCAACGGACCAGUGCGAAUGCCGUGCCCGGUUUGUCGGCAGGUCGGCUACAUUGUGAAGACAUUCGCUUCGUAG